AUGCAGCAUAUAUGGGCUCUUCCACCAAACAAGAAACUUGUAUGUGGGUUAAAUGGGAGCAAGCAACCGGUUGGGGAAAGCGGGCAAACAUUCAAAAGGUGGUUGGGCACCUUAUGCAUCUGCCGCAACUAUUGCCCACUUAUGCCUGCUACUUGGACGCAUGUCGACCGUAAAUGCAAAGAAGACGCUUGGGUAGAGAUAGAGAAAAAAUGGAUCAUUGACCCAGAGAUUAUUAGCCCAGCUAAUCAAAUGAAUUGGGCAAUGCACUUAUUAGGAGAGUUGAGAAGGAACCGAAGAAGUUGCGCUAUUUUCUUGCUCUAUACCGAGUACAGUGUUUUAACUGAUUUGUUUGUUUUAAUUUGUUGGCGGGAAUGUGUAAAGGAAUUAGUGGAUACGAACAAGAGAAGUCGUUCGUUUCAGACGGAUAUAGCGAGGACAGGGCCUAUAAGUUUUGCACAAACUGCUGACAAUAUGGCAAAAGAAAACGGCCAAGCAGUGGAGCGUGCAGAUGUUUUCAUAAAAGCAUACUGCACGAAAGAUGGGACUCCUAUUAGUAAUGAAGUGCGAGACAAGAUUGAUAAAAUGAAAGAAAUUUUAAACAACGGGGGCAAGCUAGUAGGAGACCAUCCCGAUGGAAUUCUCUGGGCAAAAGAUGAUGCGUUCGCUCAAGUGAUGGGCAAAGAAUGUUCUGGACGUGUCCGUGGGGUCGGUUUUGGACCAACCCCAUCAGGAAGAAGUGGGUCCAACCUUCCAUGUGUGCCUGGGCCGUCGUCCACUGAAACGGUCCAACGAAUGAUUGCAUUGGAAAAUUCAAUGAGGGACCAACUUGCUGACUCAGAGCAAAGGCAUCAGCAGCAACUGGCCAAAGCACUGGCCGAAGCAAAGCGGGAGUCAGAUGCACGGCAUGAGCAGCAACUAGCCGAAGCACUGGCCGAAGCAAAGCGGGAGUCAGAUGCACGGCAUGAGCAGCAACUGGCCGAAGCAAUGCGCGAAUCAGAAACACGGCAUCAGCAGCAGCUGGACGAAACAAAGCGGGAAAUGGCCGAUACAAAGCGGAGAAUGGAUGAAAUAGUAGCCUUCUUCCAAAAGAACAUGCCACCAACCAGUUUAACCGAUUAUUCAGGAUAUAGCGCAACAUCAUAGUAUAAUAUCUUCGUGGACUCUUCAUGUAUAAUUGUUUGGAUAUUCGGAAUAUUGUAACUUCGUGGAUAUUGAAAAUAUUGUGAACAUAAUUGUAAUAUUGUUUGGACUCUUCGUGGACCCUUCAUGUAUAGU